AUGGAUCAAACUACUAUUGAUAAAGCAUGGGAAGAUUGUAUGAUUACGGCACCAGCAACUCUUAAUCUACUUGGUCAAGUCAUGGUUGUUGCAAGUAGAGUAGAUGUUUCAUUCGAUCAUUAUUCACCUAAUCGUGUCUACCAAUACAUCAAAUAUCCCAAAUCAUUUCGUGCAACUCUUUUACAAAUCUCAAACGAUGGUUAUCGAGCUUUUCUUGGUGCUCAUACAUCUAUGAAUAAGAUUCAAUUGUAUAUGCAACAAAUUCCUCAACAUAUUAAAACUAUAAUUAAACUAUUAUCAAGUAAAGCUUCAACAAGUCUUGUCAGUCGAUUGUUACCAAAAGUAAUAAAUAAUAUAGAACGUAUUGGUCAAACAUGUGUUACAUUAUCACGUGGUACAGAAAAUUCGUUUGUUGCUGUGAUGGACCUUCUUGGUGAAGUAUUAGAAGCGACAGAAGUAACACGAGGUUUACAUGAAAAAGAUUUAAAUGAUAAAACUAUCGAAUUAAAUGUUACAUACAUUAUUCAUGCUGAUAUAAAACGUGAAGAAGAAGUUCGUCGUCAACAUUAUGAAGAAAUUCGUCAAGCUGUACGUAAUGCACAAGCAGAAUAUUCUCGUGCACUUAAUGAUAUUCCAACUGGUUUUAAAGCACUUGGUCUUGAAUUAGGCCGAGCUCUUAUUGGAUUAGUUAAAUCAUUUUCUAACAUUUUUAGUUCAAAUCAAAUGGCAGGAUUUAAUCCAUCACUUCAGCAAACUUCUGGAAAUAAUGUUGCUGGAUCAUUUGCUAAUGAUCAAAUUAUAAAUUUUGCUUCACGUUUUGCUCAAUCACUUGAUUCAUUAAUUGAACGGAUAUCUUCAAGUGAUAAUCAAACUUUAGAUGAAAAAGAAUUUCAAAGUUUUCAAGUUAUAUUUGGAACAUUCGCCAAGAUGAUUAAUAAGAUUCCAAACAGUAAGCCUAAAGUGAAAGCAGCUCAACUUAUUCAACGAGCUAUUGAUUUAAUUGAUGAAGCUGUAAAUGAUAAGAAUUCAGAUAUUAAAAAUGAAUUAGAAACUUUAGCUGAUGAAGUUAAACCAUUUUUGGCUGCCGAACAAAUUUCUAGUAACAAUAAUGCACCAAUUGCUAUAUCAUCAGAAGGUGAUUCAUCAAAAAAUGAAUUAUUAAAAGCUCAAUUAGCUCAAAUACGUCUGUCUGAAACAGAAAAACGUCUUGAUCAACAAUAUGCUAGUUAUACAGCAGCUAUGGAACAAAUGCGUGUAUUAACAGCAAAAUUAGCUCAUCUUGACUUAACAGUUAUUCAUUUUAAACAAAUUCUUGAAAUGUUACGUGAAGCAUUACGUUUACUUGGUCUUCUACGUCAACAUUGGCAUAAAUUAGUUGAAUUUUUUACAAAUUUUUCAGCACAAGUUACAACAGGCUUUGAUGAAACACUUAAAACAUUUCUUGAUACAACACGUGUUAAUAUUGAUUUAGAGAAAACAGAAGUUGAUCGUAUUCUUAUAUUAGAACUUUUAAAUGGUGAUUCAAUUAAUCUUUAUCAUGAAUCAUAUACACUUUUUCUAAUGGCACGUACUUAUUUUGAUGUAUCAAAACAAUAUCUUAUGCCACGUCUUGCUGGUCUUUCACUUAUGUUGACAGCUGAAAAUGAUAAUGAACGACAAAAAUUACUUAGUGAACUUGAAAGAAAUACACUUGAUGUUCAAGCUAAUGUUACGCAACUUGUUACUGAACGAAAAAGAAUCUAUAAAAAAAUAAUCAGUGAAAAACGUGCAGCAUUGAAUGAACAAAUCGAUAAUCAAGGUGCCGAUGGAAAUGAACUUACUAUAAUUCGAGAAGGAAAAUUGCUUCUUGGAUAUGAAGAUACUUUAAAUGAAUAA